AUGUCUGGCUGGGAACGUAGAUCAUCCCUUCCUGUCAAUUCGAACGGGCCGAUGAUUACUGAGAACGAGCACGCCCGAAGGAGAAAUAUCACCGAGGUCAUCUGCAUCUCCGAAGAGCCCCAGGCAGACUUGCAGCGCGAAGGUUUCAGGAAGGCGCCAGAUCUCCAUUCCAUCAUCUUCACCCUAAAAAGCGAUACCGAAGGAGAUUUGCUGUCAAUAUUUGGUAAAGUAUGCGACGCCAUUGACAGGACCCUAUGGGAAGGGGCAGGUGUAUUGGUGUGGGAUGUAGGCGGAGGUGUGGCGGCGCUGGCUGCAUAUCGUAAGUACAGUAUCACAUGUGCACCAACAAGCUCCACGGUGCAUGUCAUUGACAGGACUACCGCAACAGUCAUGAAAAAGCAUGAACUGUGCUUGCCAGAAGCCAUGACGACCAUAACGCGGGCGAGGUUAAUGAGGCCAAAACCAACACUGUUACCCAGCCAAAGGAUCAUCGACCUGCUCCACAACGACGUCUAUCAAGGGCAGCUUGAAAUGUGGCAGGCGUGCGAGUACGAUACCAACGAGAACACCAUUGUGAACCCAACCGAGCCGCGUGAGAAGUGGAUAGUCGAAGGGGUGGGGGGGAGUCCGAAGAAGAAGAGAGUCAAUGUGCAAUCUACCCUGAGGAGACUAGAUGUUGUGCAAUCGGUCUUGAAGAGACCGAGUGACGUGCAAUCGGUCUUGAGGAGACUAGAUGAGAGAUUGCCGCAUACCUCGGAGCACCUACAUCGUCUUAGCACGAUUGAGGAAGUCGAAGAGGAAGCUCGUCGUCUCAGCAUCAUUCUUGAGGAAUGA